AUGAAGCCUGAGUUGCUUAUUGGGCUUCCAGUGUCAGAACAAAUUGAUCAACUUAUUUUAAAAAAAAUAGAAAAUUAUAAAAAGGAAAAUUUAGAAAAUGGUAUAAAGUUUGAGGUAAAGAAAAAAUUGUAUGUUAUAUAUUCAAAAAAUGUGGUAGCAUAUUCUUAUUUAUAUAUAUUAUUAAAAAAAAGUAUAUACUUAAAAUUGGAUAUAAAUUUUAUACUAAUAAAAGUCGAUAAAAAAUAUUCUCAAGAAAAAUUAAUUAAUUUAAUAAAAAAAAUUAAUAAAAAAAAAGGAGACAAUAUAUCAAUUCUAAUUUUAUCACCCUUAAGUUUUCAUAUAAACAAAUUUUAUGUGUCAAAAUUUAUUAGCGAAAAAAAAGAUAUUGAUGCUUCAAAUAAUAAUGCAAUAUUUAAAGUAUUAAACAUUAAAAAAUCGUUAUUACAAUUUUUUGAAUUAAACACAAAUUUUAUAAAUAAUGAUAAAAAAAAUAUAAAUUUUGUUAAUAUAUAUAAUUAUAUUUCUAAUUGUAAAAAGAGAGACAACACUUAUGAUACAUAUAUAAAUAAAGACAAAAUAUUUGAUGUUAGAAGUUUCAACAAUGAAUGUGUAUAUCCAAAACGUUUUAUAUCAAUAAGACAUAUUCCGAAUUUUAUAUAUUUGGUACAAUUAUUUUUUCCAAUUUUUCAAUCACUAUUAUUUAGUUAUUACAAAUUUAUUAUAAUAAAUAUAAAAUAUAUUUUGAUAUAUUAUAUACAAAAUAUACUGAAAAAUAAUUGUGAAAAAAUAUAUAAAAAAGAUAAAGUAGAAGAAUAUAAUACAAAUAUUAAAAAGACAAUAAUUAAAUCUAAAAAUGAAUAUAGAGAUAAUUUGAAUAAUUGUGAUAUUAACAAAUCUUUGGAAAAUAUAUCCAUAAAUAUGAAUACAGAAAUUUAUAACUAUUUAAAUGAAUUUACUAAAUUUAAUAUACCUUGUUGUGUUCAUUCCAUUAUUUUAUUUAUUAAAUAUUACAACAUUAAGAUAGAAAAUAAAAAAAUAUUAAUUCUUAAUAAUAAUAUAAAUAUAUUUUUAACAUUAUUUUAUUUUUUUUAUAAAAUUGGGAUUUCUACAACAGUUUAUGACGCAGUCAAUGGAUAUACUAUUUGUAGAUAUAACAAAGAUGCAAAAAAAAAAAAAAAACAAAUUUAUUUUUUUAUAAAAAUAGACAAAAAAAAAAAAAAAAAAAAACUAUAUGUCCAUGAUGAUUACGAUUUUAAAAAUAAAAUUCGGAAAUUUAUAAAUAAUUAUAUAUAUAAUAUAAAUAAACAUAUACAGAGUAACAAAAAAUAUGUUAUCAUUAAAAAUAAUCUGAAAAAAAAUAUUAUCAAAAAUUCCGAUAUUAUAAUAAUUGGUAUUGGAUAUUUUAAUAUUUUAAAGAAAACACAUAUUAAAAAAAAUGCCAUAAUUUUAGAUCUAGGCAUCAAUUUAAUAUCUACAAGUCAUGUAAAAAAAAAAGAAAAAAAAAAAAAAAAAAAAAAAUUAUGUACUAGCCAAGUUCAAAAUAAGAUACAAGAAAUAAACCAAAGUAUAAUUCCGAUUAAGCCAUCAUCUUGUUUAUCUGAACAAACAUGUUUUAGUAUCAAAUAUAGAAAUAAAAGAAUAUACGAGCAAAGAAAAAUUCAAAAUAAAAGAAAAUGUGGAAAUAUAAAUAGAAUGUCUUUUCAAAAUAGUGAUAAAAAUGAGUAUAGAAAGAAAAAAUUAAAAAAUAAAUAUAAUCAAAUAUUAUUAAAAAAUGAUAAGUUAAAGCUUGAAUUUGCUAAUAAAUUAUCGAAAUUUUUUAAAAAUUAUGAAAUAUUUGGAGAUGUAGAUUUAAAUUGUAGAAAAAAAACUGCAUAUAUUUCUUCUGUUCCUGGUGGAAUUGGUCCCAUUACAACAUCUAUGUUAUUUUAUAAUUUAUAUUUAAAAAAAAAUCCUACAAAUUUAAUAAAAUAUAGUGUAAAAGAAAAUAACAUUUAA